UAUAUAUAAAAAUCACAUAUCACCUCUCACUUCUGGGUUCACCUACAACAAAAUACUUUAUUCAUUGUAAAGCUGAUCUUGUCCGUACAAUGGACAUAAACAAGAAAGAAUUGGUGGAAACCCUAACCAAAGGCAGAAAUUCUGCAAAGAAGCUGCAGAAUUUACUUACCCAGAAAGUUAAUGAUGAUGGGUUGGUUUCUGUUGAUGAUCUCGUGACUGAAAUAUCUCAAUCUUUCUAUGGUGGCCUUUUGGUGUUGAAUUCUUCCAAUUCCGGUGAGGUCAGUAGGGUUCCGGUGAGUUCCCAUGCGAUCAGUUCGGCUUGUUCCGAUGACCAGAUACCGAAAGUUCACACCGGGAAGACACCGGAACCGGUUGCGAAGGGUCGGAGAGGCGGUUACAAGAGAAGAAAGAUCGUAGGUUCGAGAAUGGAGGUUAGUGAGACCAUUGAAGAUGGUUAUGCAUGGAGGAAAUAUGGACAAAAGGAGAUUCUCAAUUCUGACUUCCCAAGAUGUUAUUUUAGGUGCACACACAAGCAAGUUUAUGGGUGCAAAGCAUUAAAACAGGUUCAGAAGUUAAAAGAUGGAUCCAACAUGUUCCAAAUCAUUUAUUUUGGCCAUCACACUUGCCCACCUCCAAAUAUUACUUCCUCUCACCCUAGAAGAGGACUUGACCUUGAUUGUAAAAACUCUAAGAACCACCACAGUUUACCAAACAACCCCUCUACUAUUACAAAAAGCCACAUUGACCCCUCCGCAAAACAAGAUGAUCUAACUAACAAGGUUUCAUCUGUCAAUGGUGCACAAUCAUGCCCUGCUUUGGUUUGGAAAGAGAUAUUGCUAGAUGAAUUUGAAUGCUUCAAGAAUGAUGGAAGUUUAAGUGACAUGUCAUUUGAUGAUAUUGUUUUUUCUUAGUUUGUUUUUGGUAGGUUGAAUUAAUCAACUUUGAGGCUAAGUUAAAAUAUGUAACUUUUAUUUGUAAUCAUUUCAAAUUUUGUUAUUAAUUAUGAUUUAGUACGA